AUGCUUUUAAUACUCAUCAUUCCUACUAAGGUACUAAGGUUGAGUCUUACCAAUCUAUUUUCCUCUCUCUCUCUCUCUCUCUCUCUCUCUCUCUCUGUGGAAGAACGUCUACAUACUCAUCGUGCUCUCUCUCUCUCUCUCCCCCUCUCUGUGUGGAAGAACCUCUACAUACUCAUCGUGUUAGAUUUUUUCUUGCAGGCACCUCAUUGGUUGACAUAUGACUUCCCACCACAAAUCAGGGAGAAAUUGAAUAUUCAAUGGGGAUCUGAUUGGAAGGGUCAAGCACAAAAAUGGUUUCUUUUUAAGUUCACUAGUCAAGAUCAAGAAAUCAAUUAUUUGGGUGAUGGUACUGAGAAAGCUGAGUUCGGUGAAUGGUCAUGGCUGCCACCAGAGAAAGUAAUUGAGCUUGUGAGUAAUGGUGACUGUGAUAAACAUUUCUUCACCCCAAUUUAGAAUGUGUGAUGCUCUAAGCGAA